UCAGGAGCUGCCCAUCGCCUACACAAGCACGGACGUGGGUCACGGGGGAAGGGCGGGUCGUGGGGUAAGGGAUUACAUUGCCCCACGUGCCCUUACUUCAUCAACACCACCAAGAAGGUCACAACUCCUGAGGGCGUGGCUGCCAACCUGACGUGUGGGGUGAAGAACUUGUAUGACAGAAAGGUCUCGUGGAUCAGGCGGCGGGACCUUCACGUGCUGACAGUGGGGAGUUACACCUACACGAGCGACAGGAGGUACACGCCCUUACACCUGCUGGGCUCUCCUUUCUGGACGCUGCAGGUGGAGUCGCCUCGCGCUGCAGACUCCGGGGUGUACGAGUGUCAGGUGUCCACGCAGCCAAAAAUGUACCGCCGCUUCGUCUUCCUCGUCGUGGUCCCCAGCGCGGAGAUCCAAGGCACGCAGCAGGUGUACAUGAAGACAGGCAGCGACAUCAACAUCACCUGCGUAGUCAGCGGCCACCUGCGGGACUCGCCCAUCACGUGGUACUACGCCCUCUCAACCAGAACGAGGGAGGUGCACGCGGCAGGGCGGGGUGGCGUGCAGCUGGUGACGGACAAACACGCCGGGACCAGCUGGCUCAUAGUGGACCAUGCCACCUGGAGGGACGCUGGGAAUUACACUUGUGCUCCCAUGCAUGCACGUCCCGCCUCUGUUGUGAUUCACGUCGUUGAUGAAGAGUCCCCAGCAGCGAUGCAACACGACUCAGGCAGCGCAACCAGGCCACUACUGCCCUCACUGCUGCUGCUGGCUUUCUGGGGCGCUGCUGUCUCCCAAAUAGCUUGCCACUACCCACCAACUGACUGGGUUCUCCUGUCUCUGUCCACCACGCAUCUCACGGCCACAUAGCAAACAGUAGUUCUCCAAUAGCUAAUAUAUUGAAUCUUUUAAUACAAGUUAAUGGUUAAUGUGAUGAACUGUACACUUAAUGAUGUUCAUAUGUUUGUGUGUAUGCAUAGCUAUUAUUGGGGGUGUACAUAAUGUUAUAGAUCUUUUUCUUUAGUGUUUUAUUUGUAGUGUUUGAAGUAUCAGACCUGUUAGUCAUUGUUUUCUGUCUGUAUACAAUUGUAUGUUCGUAUAUUUGUGUUCUAUCUGAUGUCUGGUUUUGCUCACUUGUGGCUGGAAAGUGUGUGUGUGUGUGUGUGUGUGUGUAUGUCGAAGCCAAACCAUGGUUAUGUAUGAACUAAUAUAUUGGGUCUGUAUGGGAAGAGUGAGUGACGUGGUGGUCUAUUUCUCUCUUUCUCUGGUUUUGCUCAAUGGAGUGAGUUUCAUUUAUAUAUUCAUUGUUUUUUAAUUCCAAUAUUGCUGUCACUAGAGAGAGAGAGAGAGAGAG